GUAACACUCCUGAAAGCAGUAAUUGUACAAUUGCUAGAAGGGGUAGUGACGACCCCUAAUCAGUAGUGCCUGUAUGUCGUACUUACCGUACCUAUAUUAACUUAAUAGCUUAAUACCAUAACUUCCAAUUCUUGCAAAAACAAGAAGCUGCGAUUAAUAAUUGAUAAACUAUAAAAUUCAUAGUUAAUCUAACAUUAUAUCAUCUUUUUUACUUUUCUUCUCAAAUUCAUCGUCGCGAAACCCCCCACUACUCCUUAAUUCUCACACUCUAGGUUCAAGGGGUGUUGUCUCCCUGCCCCCCUGUCUACGUGUCUUUUAUAUCAACUACACCGAUCCGGAACUUCAACAUGGCGACGGCCAAUGGAACCAGAGAAAACAGAUUCCUUAUUUGGGGUGGUAGGGGAUGGAUUGCGGGUCACCUCGAGAAGCUUCUCAAAAGUCAAGGCAAGGAAGUCUUCAGAACAACCAUCCGUAUGGAAGAUCGUGCGGCCGUGAAGGCAGAGUUAGAUGCGAUCAAACCCACUCACGUACUAAACUGUGCGGGAUGCACCGGCCGUCCCAACGUCGAUUGGUGUGAAGAUCAUAAAGAGGACACGAUUCGCUCGAAUGUUAUCGGGACGUUGAACUUGGCUGACUGCUGCUUCCUUGCUGGUAUUCACUGUACCGUGUUUGCCACCGGUUGCAUCUAUCACUACGACGAUGCCCACCCGAUCGGUGGUCCCGGGUUCAAGGAGACGGACCAGACGAAUUUCACGGGUAGCUUCUAUUCUGAGACCAAGGGCCACGUUGAGGAGGUUAUAAAAUAUUACGCAAACUGCUUGAUCCUCCGCUUGCGUAUGCCCGUGUCAGAUGAUUUACAUCCACGCAACUUUGUCACCAAGAUUAGCAAGUACGAGCGCGUGGUUGAUAUCCCGAACAGCAACACGAUUCUAACCGACCUUCUGCCAGCAUCCAUCCUGUUGGCAGAACAUAAGGACACGGGGGUUUAUAACUUCACCAACCCAGGCGCCAUUAGCCAUAACGAAGUAUUGACGCUCUUCAGAGAUAUAGUGCGUCCAGGCUUCACGUGGAAGAACUUCACCGUGGAGGAGCAGGCCAAGGUAAUCAAAGCUGGCCGCAGCAAUUGUUUGUUGGACACGGAGAAACUGGAAAAGAAGUUGAAGGAGUAUGACUACUCGGUGCCUGAGGUCCACGAGGCUUAUAGGCAGUGCUUUGAGAGAAUGAAAGCUGCAGGGGUUAAAUAAGCUUGGACGCAAGCCACCUAAACUGAUUUGGUGUAACUAUGCCAUGUGCCGCAUACUCUACGCUUUAUCGUGUGACUAAUGGCGCUACGAGAUAGACUUCUUAAAUGACUAGUACCUAGACAGUUAGAUGAUUAGGUAUGGAACUGUGCUGACUUGGACUGGUUUACAUUAGAGACAAAAAGGGUGAUGUUUCGUUAUGCCCCCUCAUAAGUUAGUUAAGCAAGAAAUGCUAAGAUUUUUAGAAAGAAGUAGUAUGAAACUAGAACUAGUUAUUUAGAGUGACAAGUUUUAAGUCGAGACUUAUACGACU